AUGUCAGUAACAGUGUCCAAUAUGUAUAAAGUAGUGUUGUGUAUCGCAAUAAGUGUUAUUUGUUUGCAAUGCUGGUCACGCAGCUCCGAAAUACGUGAUCGUGAAUUAUUGGACAUUCAGGAAUUUCAGAAUUACCUCAAACUCAGCCAGGAAUCCGAUCUGUUCGCCAGUACGAGGGUCACAGGUGAUAUAAAAUUGUUCAAUGCUGGGCUUUAUAAUGAAGACGUUCAUUUGAACGUGUCUCAACUUAUUCGUAAAUAUGGACAUUUCGUGGAGGAACAUGAAGUCACAACUAAGGAUGGGUAUAUUCUGACCAUGAUUAGAAUUCGUAGUGACGGCCCAGCGGUAUUUCUAAUGCAUGGCUUGUUAGCCAGCGCCGACGACUGGGUGACCGCGGGCCCGCACACUGGGAUCGCCUAUCUACUCGCUAAUGAAGGGUAUGAUGUAUGGAUGGGCAACGCUCGAGGCACCAAACAUUCCAAGAAACAUGCGACCCUUUCGAUACCCACGUAUCAAUUCUGGAACUUCAGUUGGGAUGAGAUUGGUCGCUACGAUUUGCCGGCUAUGAUUGACUAUGUUUUAGAUAAGAAGAAUGAAACAGAGUUAGUUUACAUAGGCCAUUCUCAGGGCAGUACAGCUUUCUUCGUCAUGACUUCUGAAGUACCCGAAUACAACGAUAAAAUAUCUUUAAUGGUAGCGUUAUCUGCUCCAACUGCAAUACCAAAUAUGAAAAGUCCUUUUCUAAACUUUUUAAAAAUCGUGACACUUUCUCACCCUGAACUAUUAUUUGCACUUGCGAAAGAAUUGGGGUUCUACGAAUUUGUGCCAACUUCUACCUUAGUGCAAAACUUUAUACCCGUCUGUGGAAGAGAAGACCUUGCUCAACUAGUUUGUAGCAACCUCUUGUUCUUGGUAUGUGGUUUUGACGCUGAUCAGCUGAACGUCACCAAUUUGCCAGUUAUUUUUUCUCACGCGCCAUCUGGAGCAGCCACGAAGCAAUUGGAACAUUAUUCGCAAACUAUAAUAUCGGGUAAAUUCCGAAGGUUUGACUACGGAGAUAGCCAAAAUAUACAAGUAUAUGGUUCUAAGCUGCCUCCCGAGUAUCCGCUCGAGAAGGUAACUGCGCCUGUCGUUAUAUUUCACGGUGAAAAUGACUGGUUAGUGUCGUUCGAUGAUGCAGACGCAUUGCGUAGGAGACUGAUAAAUGUAGUGGAUGUGUAUACAGUGCCUUAUCGACAUUUCAAUCAUAUCGAUUAUUUGUUUGCUAAGGAUUUAAAACAGUUGGUGUUCACAAAAUUGUCGUCAGUGAUUAAACAAUACAAUAAUAAACAUUAGGUAAUUAAUUAUAAAACAAAAGUUCUAUGUAAGUUAUUUAAAACUGAAAGUAUGCAUUUGAGUGCCAAAAUUUAGAUGAAUAUUCUUGAGAUUCUCAACCUGACUUUAGGA